CGAACACUCAUCAAGCGAUCAUAAUCUUUCAUUUUACCAUGGCUGUAUCCAGUCUUCGUCCCGUGAUUCCCUUCCCUUUUGGGACUGCCGUUAACAAAGUCUCUGCUGAACCAUUGACCACCGCUGUCGAUAGGGCGGCUCUUGAGACAUCAAGCAAAAUCCUUGAUAUCAUCGGAAGAUAUCGCAUGAAACAAGACGACAACCUCUACUCACAUUCCGACGAGUCAACUCUCAAAUUCAUCGCUCUCAUCUACACGCACGUCAAGGCUGGCAAGCCAGUCCCUAUGUGCCUACCAGCUUUCCCUUUCAAGUCACCAAACUCGACAUCAAAGACUUUAGGAAAGCUCCCUGAUAAGGGUGAAGAGAUUGCUCUUGCUCACCUGAACGGACUUUGCAGCGCUAUUGGUGAUCUAACGAAGGCAGACCUGCUUGGUGUCCCAGAUAGAGAUGUCUGGGCAUACGGCGAGACUCUUCGCUCGAUGGCAGCUGAGAAGGAAUUUCACAACAUCUCCUUCGCACGACUUCGUGAUCUUGUUGAGAUCGAUCUACCAAAAGACCUCGAGGAGAUGACCUAUGUUGCCAACGCAUCAAACUUUCGACGUGCACUUCUCAACACCUUCAGCAAGCCCGGAUGGAGUUGGGACGAAGUCCGCCAAUUAGAUGACCAGUGCAUGACUUACCGCGGAUACAUCAAGUUUCUUCAAACAGAUCUCGAAACAGUGUAUCCGGUUGAUGAGAACCGCAGCAAGUCAAAGUAUAAGAGAGGAAUUGAGUACAUUGCGAAGCAAAUGAUGGCUCGUGGUGAUGCCUUUGCCAAUGCUGUUCGACAAAAGUAUCCUGACCAUGUUCGCCUGUCAAUCCAUCCCUCAACUGGGGCUGUCAAGCUUUCCAUCAGCCUUUUGCCUACCGAGCAACUCUACACCACGCCCUGGCAUUGCAGCGUGGCUUACAGACUAGACGGUACCAUCAGAACAGGGAUGCGAUCUGAGUUUGACAACGAUGAGAGUCUCGAACUGGUCUACGACAACGGAAGACCUUCGCAUUAUCGCGAGAAGUCGCCUCUGCUAUCGUGGGCAGAAGACAAGGGCGGCAUUGCCGUCGACCCGAUGUACCCCGCUGGUCUGAUAAUUCGUCCUGCAAAUGGAGCUGGCUCCCUUACACUUGACGACAUCGACACGAAGAAAGUUCGCGCCUUGUCAGAAAUCAACUCGCCCGUUGUUCUCAAGGGAUUUGUCAAGAAGCCUAAUCGCGACCGCUUCAUUGACUUCAGCCACCGUUUCGGAACACCCUUACCUUGGAAGUUCGGCCUGUUGCUUGAAGUCAAGGACCGAGGGCAAGAUACUCGAGGCCUGAACAACGUUCUAUCUGCAGAGCCUAUGCCAUUCCACUACGAUGGUCUGUUCAAGGUCGUCAAGCAGACAGAUGAGAAUGGAAAUGAAAAGACAGUCUCGACUCCACCUCAAUUCCAGCUCUUCCAGGGCGCUACAUCCUCACCUAGAGAUACCGGUUUCACCCUUUUCUCUUCAUCAACUCUAUUCUUCAAGUACCUCCCAUCAUGGUUGAAGCAGGACAUCUCCAACCUCACCUGGAGUGUGUCUACAUCAGCAUUCGACAACACCGUCCUGAGAGGCCUGCCUCUAGCUAUCGACCAUCCUACGACCGGCAAGCCAUGUCUUCGAUACCACGAGCCUUGGCCUCAGUCCAAGACACGAUUUGAUGCUUCGGAUAUUACGAUUGACGGACUUGAGGUUACUGAGAGUGCUGCUAUAUGCGAAACUAUCGACUCGGUUCUUUAUGAUCGUCGGGUUGCGUUGUACUAUGCUUGGGAUAAGGGCGAUAUUCUGGUCAGCGAUAACAUCUUGAUGAUGCAUACCAGGAGUGAUUUCACCGCGGGGAUUGAUCGUGAGCUGUGGAGAAUUCACUUUGACUAGUGUACUACUAUUAUUUGGGUGGCAGAUUUGAGUAUAUUUCAUUGAUGUGGAUUUGAAGGUUUCAUAUAGAUUAUCUCUGUAAUAGAUUGCUUCUGAUACUUAAA